UUUAGACGCUCACGCUAGAGCUAGAUGGCUAGAGCUCGUUUGGAGGAAGUCUGCGUUAUUUGAGGUUAAUGUAAUGUUUUUCUAGGAAUAUAAACUAAAACAUUAUUUUGCUCUUCAAUUAAAAAAAUAUUUUAUAUUUUCUUGUUAAACAUCUGUUGAUUAUUUAUACAUAAUGGAUGACUCAUCAAAUUCGCAACUGCAAAUUCGUUUUGUUACUAAACAGGAACAGUAUGCUGUCCCAGAUGCCCCAUUUGCAGUUCAAGCGAACAUUUCAACAUCUCAGCUGAACACGCUUGUCAAUGAGCUCAUCAAAGAAUCCCAGAGUGCAGUGGAGAAUGCAGUGGAGUUCGACUUCAUCGUGGCGGGAGAGCUAGUGCGGUCUCGACUGGGCGAGCACGUGAGUGAGCGUGGGGUAUCCUCCGAAGGUGUGGUGACUGUGGAGUACGUGGAGAGGCUGCCGGCACCACAACCCUCUGACUGUCUGCUGCACGAUGACUGGGUAUCAGCUCUCCACGCAAGGGACAAAUGGAUCCUAACUGGUUGCUAUGACAACACACUUCACCUGUGGACGAUGAAGGGGAAGCACAAACUGACGAUCCCGGGACACACGGCUCCGAUCAAGGCCGUUGCCUGGGUCAGUGUCACCGACACCUUGGCGUCAUUCGUCAGUGCUUCACAUGACCAGACGGCCAUGUUGUGGGAGUGGAGUGUGGCCGCAAACGCGGUGGAGUGCGUACACGUGUGUCGAGGCCAUGAGCGAGGCCUUGAGUGUGUGGCGGUGGACACUGAAGGCAGCAGGUUUGCGACGGGUGGCUGGGACGCUCUGCUCAAAAUAUGGUCCGCAGGUAUCCACUCUGCGUCUGACCAGGAAGACGGAGAGUCAGCAAGUAAACGUGCCAAGCGAGACGGCUCCAAGUCUCAGAUCAGGACGCCUCUGCUGACGCUGAAAGGGCACAGGGAGGCUGUCUCGGCAGUGUGUUGGCGUGGCAGUGACAGUGUGGUGACCUCCUCCUGGGACCACACCCUUCGCUCCUGGGACCUGACCUCGGGCACUCUCACCUCGGAGCUUUGUGGCAACAAGAGCUUCUUCGACCUCCAUGUCUCUCCACUCACUGGACUUUACCUGACAGCUUCUGCCGAUAGACAUGUACGCCUCUACGACCCCAGGUCCACAGAGGGCUCAGUGGUGAAGAGCACUUUUACGUCACACUCGCAGUGGGUGCAGACUGUGCGAUGGUCGCCAACAGACGAACACCUCUUCAUCUCCGGAGCCUAUGACAACACUGUCAAACUGUGGGAUUCACGAAGCCCCAAGGUGCCCCUGUAUGACCUGAUCGGCCACGAGGACAAGGUGCUGUGCUCGGAUUGGUCAGUGGCCAAGUACAUGAUGUCCGGAGGAGCAGACAACACCUUGCGCGUCUUCAAGAGCAAACAAUACAAGUCGUAACGCAAAACGAAGCUGGAAUAAAUAUUAAAUCUUUUCAA